UUUUUAAUCAGACUACCAACCAACACGAGGCGGCUUCAUCACACCCUGCCGCGAGAAGUGCGUACCAGCGAUGGUCAGUUGGCGUCACCACGGAAACUGCACGUCACCUGCGCCAGACUGUGGAAAACUGCGCUGAUGAAGCAUGGAGUGUCUGAGGCCGACAUCACAGUCAGUCUCGCACCUGGCGACCUCAGAUUUAGCAUCAGGCUGCCAUGUGGGUGGUAUGCCGAUCUCGUGCCCUGCUUGUGUCUACCUGAGGACGACGGUAUCUAUUACGUCACCAGGGACUACGCUUCUUUUGAGACUCAGGGUCAGGGUGACCUGACCUGGCAGCCAUGCUUCAGCUCGCGGGAGUACCAGCUCCUUUGUUCCAUCUGCCGCACGGAUGGAAGCCUGCGCAUGCGCUCUCUGCACCUCCUCUGCCGCGUCUUACCACGUGACUGGCGCCUGCGGCCGCUGACGUGCUACCACCUGCAGACUGCCGUGCUGCACGACGUGGACUUCCACGUGGACUUCUCCCCGCGCUGGCAGCGGCGGACCCUGGAGGGCUGCGUCCACUCCAUCCUCGCCACCCUCCUUCACUUCCUGGAGCGACAGAACCUGCCGCACUUUGACCUCCAGCCGGUGAACCUGUGGGCGGCCUUGACCCCCAAGCAACUAGCGGUGGCUCGCAGCGCCCUCGAGCGACUUUUGACCAAUGAAAAUGCGUUGAUCAGCUUGUUGCGGCGAGCUCUGGUGGCUGACGGAGGCGAGAGCUUGGACGUGGGACUGACUUGAGGUCAGAGGUGACGAGGCUGCACCUGGGAUGAUUGCUGAGUAGUGUUUGACUGCCCUUGUGUCAAAAUACUAUGCUUACUUCCAUGGCAACACUUUGCAGCUCCACCACUCGGUGUAGCUUUCAAUGACCCGGCCAUCCGUUAUCGACGACACAAAUGAAAAAAAAAAAACCAACCAAACAGAUAAGCUUCUUUCCUUGUAACAUACUUUACUGUUAUUUCACUGUUAUCUUUACCAUCCACGCUUAAGUAUCAUCAACACCAGAGAUAUGCGAUAGGUCUACAUUAAUGACAUUGCUUCAUGGUUCAUCCAUGGGUGACGGUGUUUGUCCACUCCUUCUUUAUGACUGAACGCUCCGAUUGAUCAAACUGUUCAGUCAAGAUGAAAAACCGGUUUUACAAGUACAGUACAGGUUAAUAAAGCAGCAUCAACCAAGACAGGCUAGCGUGUAAUAGAGUUUCAAAAAUGCUUCUAAGGAUAUAUCCGGAUUUAUAUAAAAAUACUACCGCCAAGGAAUUUAGCCCGCUUCAUUGCUUUUGUGUGUUUUCCUUCUUUUUACUAUAUCUCCUCCCCUCUGUGUGUGUUUUACUUGCGGCAAAUCCACACUGUUAAUCUCAACCACAGUUUUGACAAAAAUAAACAAGAGUAAACGUUGCUAUCCUGAAAACCGUUAAAAUAAUUCUGACCAGGUAUGUAUAGUUGUCUGCUUUUAUUAAAUAAAGAUUUUAAAAAAUUUUGUGAAUGCAAAUUAAUUUUUUAUCGCCAAUUUAAAAUAAGAUUCUGUAUUACUAAUUUUAAAUUCCAUAUAUUAAGGAACUGUAUAGAUUACAUCCUUGGAAGUAAUUUUCCCCUUCACAAAAAAAGGUAUUAUUUAGAAAUGUGUGGAGUGGGUGUGUAGUGGUUUUGCAAAGCCCGGUGCUGAUGCAAAGCCGAAAAGAAAGCAAUAAAAUGCAGUGUGCAGAUUAGCAUUCAGUGUUCUUUUUCUUUGAAAUUAACCUUUAGAAAAAUUUAUGGCUUUAUAUUGUUAUUG